CGUUGCGUGUCCUCUUUCGCUUGCUCCUCAAAUGACCUUUUAAGGGACGAAAACUGUAACAUGCAGUGGUCACGGACGGCCAGACUAGUUAUCUUGACGACGAUAGCAUUCAUGCCCACAGUAUUAGUCUCGAUAUUGUUGUGGCAUUUCGAUGCGUUGGAGGAAGGUGGUCCCCUUAUCGUCGUACUACUGAUACCCACCGUGGGUUGGUGCGCUUCCAGGAUCUUCAGUCUUAUGCAAAAGCGGACCAUUGCGAUUCAGAAUGACCCUGAAGCAGAUCUCCCACCGAAAUAUGAAAAAGUCAUGUCUGAACCUCCACCUUAUGAAGUCCUUUUCAUCGGAAUGCCUCUGGCAGCUGCCUCAACUAUGUGCCCAACGCUUCGUGCUGCGGCUGUGAACUUUUCGAGAGAAGGCCCUCGGUCGUGUUUUGGUUCUGCUGAAAACUGCACUCCAGGAGUGUUUACUACAUCUGGAAGCUGCUGGCCCAUUCCAGCUGCCAGCCAUGGGGCGCAGAAUGAGACUUUCGUGACAAUCACAAAGGAGGUCAAAAGAGAUGGCCAACCGGGUCAGGUGUCUGGAAAGAUCCCGGAAGAAACAGAAGUGUCAGGGGAGACUGCUGAAGCAAUACAAAAUUCUACGAGCAGAAACAGCUCUGAAAACUGUGCAGGAAACAGCUCUGAAGACUGUGCAAGAAGCAGUUUUGGGAACGUUGCAAGGAGCACCUCCGGGAGCUUAAUAAGUAAUAGCUCUGAAGAUUCUGUAAGGAACGACUCUGGUGCCAAUAAUGCUAGUCAAGAGGCAAGAGUUGAGGGUGACCGGAUAUUAGAUAACAUAGACAUAACGUCAUUAUCAUACAACGAGAGAUCAGACCCAGAAUUGCCUUCGUAUGAAGAAGUUUACCAGCACAUGUCCAUAUCAUGAUGUUCAAAAUAUUCUUAAUUAUACGCACAAAUUUUUGUACUUGCAUGUGUGUGUGUGUGUGUGUCUGUGUGUG